UUAUGCCAACUUGCACAACAGGUAAUUUCACAAUCCCACAUCAGAUUACUGCUCGAAUGAAAUGUCUUAUUCAGGGCUGCAAUUGAGUUCGUCAGUGAUCCAAGCCGUCACAGUAAUUGUAAGGUGCUACACUACAUGGUUCGGUAUCUUCACAAGUGCUAGCGCAGGAGUCGAUGAUUUAAUCAUUGUGUCAGUUCAAUGUUGGAUGAAGAUACAAAAGGAUUAAGUAUAAUAUAUUCGUCAGAUAUUGCAGAGAACAAUAAUACAACUGUCACAAAUCGCACAAGACUGGCAUAGACUGCUGUUGUUACAACUCUUCUCGAUAAGGAAACAAGAUGGACUACUCCAGCAACCUGUUCUUCGCGUUGGCGGUACUCAUGAUGAUCUGCCACGCACAAAGCGCUCCAAGUUCCCGAAGGUCACGUGCAGCCACCUUGACUGAACAAACCACCAACCGCCAAAGCAAGCUUGAAGACGAUUUUAAAGAAGAAAGAACUACAUUACCACCAACACCGUCAAACAGAAAGAACAAAGCACUAAAUCUCUUCGGAUAUUUCCCUUCUUUCUUAUCCUCGGGACUCGAUUACGCCGAAGACGACGACGACGAUGUAACUUUCGCUGUGAACGACGACAAUUUUGACGAAGACGAUCUCUCACGAACGCUACCUUCGAGACGCCGACAGCAAAAUAAGAAGAAAAACGGCAAUGGUGAUAAUUAUGCCAAUGAUAACAUUAACUCUCUACAGUAUGACAAUUCCCCGAUUUUCUACAUCAGAUUGCCUCCCACGCCGUAUAUGUUUGUACCAGGACUGGGAUAUGUAUCUCAACCGCCAAGUAUCGGUCCACCAAUGGCGCCCAUGUUGCCGCCAGCGGCUGACCCUUUUAUAAACUUGCCCCUGGACUUCGUUUCGAAUGGAAAGCCUACAGGAGUGUACCAAUGGAAUGGUGGGGCCGGCUAUCCCCAAGUACCUCAGAUGGCCCCAGUAGACUUUGGGUACGGGGGUCCUCAGCCCAUCAUGCCUUCUCCUCCCCGUCCAAGCUAUAAUACCCCUUCUUAUUCUAAGCCGAAACCUAAGCCAGUGCCUACCAAUUCGAAAGUAACGAACCUUAAAGGACCAUAUGUUUUUAAUGGAAAACCAAAUGACAGCGUCUAUGUGCUAAGAGACACCUACAACUCGAUAUAUUCCGAUGCUCUCCAGAACUUCUAUCCCUAAUAUGUUGCAUGAUUUUAAAUAGGAUUCGAAUUACUAGCUCGUAUCGAGCUAUUGAUUUUUAAGGAACUGACAAAAAUGCUUAUAAGGGACUAAUUUCGUUGUUGGGGCGUAUGCCUGUUAGCGUCAUAGAAUAAAAAAUCUUGCCCAUUUUUUAUGCUUUUCGGGGACAGAGCAAUAUAAUGUUAAAUAUUAAAAUUAAUACAACGACGGUACUAACACAAAGUGCCGAAAAAUUAAUCUGCUAUUCGAUCGAUAAUGAAUUAAGUUUUGCGAAAAUUUAUACAUUUAAUAUAAAAAAAUAAAUAUUUAUUUAAUUUUUUCAUUAUAUAAGUAGGUAUUUAUUAGUAAAACUACCAUGUUAUUAUUUUGAAGCAUAACAUUUUUGUAACACUUUUUACCGACAGCACUUAAGUAGGUAUACAUCUCAUUUAUUUAAAAAUGUGAUUAAGUAAUUAACACACAUAAAUCUACAGACCUACUUAUAAAUUUUCUUUUUUUAUUAAAUCUGACAAUCACUCUCUCUUAUCUCUCUCUCUGUCUCAUCUCUGCGUGUUCCCGGUUGCACCCUCCACAGAAGUGUUUCGGGGCCCGGGGUCCGCCUUCCGACUUUGACAAUCACAUGAUGACUUAAUUUUAAGAUAAGUAUAAUUAUAUAUUUAAGAUUUACUUGCAAAAAUAACUAGGUUUCGUAAAUAUUCUUUUUUAAUAAGACUAAUUUUUAAAUAAUUAUCAUCAGUCAGUAACUCCAGUAAUGUAAUAAAUUAUUAAUAUUUAUUCUAAUUAUUAAUUUAUUUUUAUUUAAAAUAAGCUUGAUUAGGUACAAAAUAAUGUGUAUAAAAUAAGUAUAAGUAUAGUGAUGUUGCCGUCCAGACAAUUAAAAUUACACUAUUUACUUACACCAUUGUGACUAAGAAUAGGUACAUAAUCCUACCUACUUAAUGUUGUAAUAAUUAAUUUUAUGUAAAUAGCUGAUUUAUAUCCUAAUUAGUUAAAAAUAAUAAAGAUAUGCUUGUUUCGCAUUUUAUAGUUUUUUUUUUUAGAAAA